GAAAAACCCAAAACCCUGGUUGGAUAAAGCAAAAGCAGUGAAGCAGAAAAAGAAAUGGAGGACGACACAAGAGUGUACCAGCAAUUGCGAAAGCUAGCGUGUAUAACCAGUUCCGAGGAAGCCCUGGAUCACAUCCUAUCCAUCCUCUGGAACACUCGGAGAACCGGCCUCCGCCCUCCCGAUAAGUCCCACAUUCAGUCCCUCCUCAAUCUUCCUUCUCCCGCCGAACUCGAUCCCGUUUUGGCAUGCCUUCGUUCGCUCAUCAGAAAAUGCGCCCAUCACAACUUCUCCGGCGAUGAUCUUCUGAAGCUCUUCCCUCCCGAUCUUCCGCUCGAUCUCCAAACCCUUCUUGUGUUGUCCUUCCACAAGUAUCAGAAUCAGUGGAAGGAAGAUUUAUCCACACAACAGCAGCAUUCUUCGCAAAGGACCAGCGAGUCCUAUCAGGUCCCGUCUUUCCCAUCUUCUUCGGAUAUUUCUUCUACUCCGCUAUGGCCUCGUCAAGAUGAUCCCGUUGCUCGACUGAAUCGCGGCGCCAACGAUCUUGGGGCUUUCGCUCCGAGUGUUGCUGGGUCGGGGCUCCAACGCGAUGCUCUUCUUCCCGACAACCCGGGAAUUCUACCCCGCCUCAAGUCAAUGACUUGGACUAUGGAGAAUAGAGUGGCUGUCAUCAGCCUUAAGCUGCAAGACUACAGCAAGUCUCCUCUAGGUGAAAUGGAGGUGAAGUUUCAGCUUACUAGAGACACACUUGAAGCUAUGUUGAAAUCAAUGACCUACAUUAGUGAACAACUCUCAAGCAUGGUAUGCAUAUUCUGUGUUGUGAUUAUGACGAUAAAUUGGAGAAUUACAAUUGCUAGUUUUGGGAGUUCUUGCCAUGUAUUGUGAUUAUGACUUGCUUGCUUAAUUUGGCACUUUGGGACCAAUUUGGAAUUGCAGACCAAAUUUUAGGAAAUAAUACGAAGUUCAUUUAAGCUCCCUUUCUGAGUGCAAAUUGUAGGAAAUCGUGAACUGAGAUUCAAUAAAUUCAUAGAUUAUUUGAUUAUGAGUGAAAAAUGGGUUUCAACUGAAAGCAUCACAGCUCAAUUUAAAUCCGGUAGGCCAUCCCAUUAGUUGGGAUUUUAUUUUUUAUUUUUGGGGUGGGAGGGAGAGACAGUUGGAUAUAGGAUGUAAAGCUAUUAAUCCCUAUAAAAUUGCAAAGUACAACUUUAAGAAUAGAAAAUUGGCAAGUUUACUAAAGGUUAGAGUUGACGGGGCUGAUGAUGUUGCAAUUUCUCUUUUCUAUGAAGCAUUUAACUUCAGGAUUAACAAUCAUAAGUAUAAGUGAAAUGUUUUACUUUAGUACGGAAAUACAGAUUUAUUGGCUUCAAAUUGUUAAGUGGUGUUUGUUUUCCAGCUCUCUUGGGAGAUUCCCAAUCAGUCAUGAUAUCGUGCAAGUUAUGUCUUAAGUCCUUGGCUGAUGCCAGUUGUAAAAUAAAAAUAUAUAUUUUGGCCCAUAGCAUCCAAAUGCAUGGAGAGUUCUUGAAGACUUCAUAUUUAUUUUAUUUGUGAUUGCAACACUUAAAUAUUUCAAACUUUGUUUCCUUAUUUUUUAGUGUCUCAGUCUUUAUCUACUUAUCACCAAAAAAAAAAAAAAAAGUGUAUCAGUCUUUCUCAAUGUUCUCGUGGAUAUUAUUUUAGUCUUGAAGAAACAUCGUUGGCAAAAGCCAUACUUGGAUGAUGAUAAUAGAUAUAGUGAGAAUAAGUUGCUUUUAUUGUGGCAUUUCUUUGAUUUGAUUAUGGAGAAAUAGAGAAUUUAAAGCAAAUGCUUUGUGUUCUGCUUCCUGUCUGUUUCUUUUGCAUCCUAAAGUUGAAAGCAGUAAAUCCGAGCUUGUCUUGUGGGCAAAUGUCUUUUGGCAGGUUGGGAAUUCAUUGGUGCCAGCACAUAAGAAGCAAAGGCAGUAAUUUCAUGUUGUCUUAUUUUGUUUCCCUUUUCCAACAAUUUACAGUGCUGUGUAUACCCUAUUUAUGCUUUUGUUGUCUAAUGAAUUUACUAAUUGUCAAAAAUAAGUUUCGAUGCUAUGCUAUCCAUGUCUUGGGUCAGCAAAUACCAAACCUGUUGCAUGCAAACGUUCUUUUAACCAGAAUAACUCUCAAAUCCAUCCCCCCAUUAUGUUCACUUAUUAACAUUUUACUUUUUCUGAUUUAUUUAUUCAAGUUAUUGCUUUCAAUUUCUGGCUGACAUUUAUGAAUUUAACAUUCUGUACAUCAAAGGUGAUUAUUGUAGAUCUAGUUGAUGGAAUUGUGUAAUACUUGAUAUUUGUAAUUUGGUGCUAAAUGAGAGUGACUACUUGUAGACUU